GUGCGGGGGGAAGGACAACAAACUAACACACUAAAAAGAUGCUAGGUGGAUUAUUAACGUCGUGGUAUCGCGAGAGAUGGCGACGGUUCGGGGGGUGUCGUCAUCCAGCAGUAGAUUGAUCAUGACCGACGACGAUGAGAUUCCCGGAUCGAUUUCUGGCAUCGAAAGUACGCGCGAAUCGUUUCAGAGAGAAUCGAUUUCACACGUUCCGAUCAUGGCUUACCGCUUCAAUGGGGUCACGCAGCGCCUGGCGGGCGCCUCUCCUCAAGCCGCCUACUGCCCGCAGGGCCUGCGGGGAGCCGUACCCGCUGAAUCACCCCCCAUGGUGUUUUCCGGGUCGGUGAAGGCCGUCUCGGAAGCGAGUCAACCAGAGUUAUUUGGGAAGAACAGAGUCCCCGAGCUGCAGAAAUUCUUCCAGCGAGCAGACGGGCUGCCCGUGCACCUCAAGCGCGGCAUGGCCGACCGGCUGCUCUACCGCACCACCAUGGGGCUCACCGUCGGUGGCACCAUCUACUGCCUCAUCGCAUUACUCAUGGCGGCACGGCCACAGAAGAACUGACGGAACCACGUAACCUCCGUAGCCUCGCCGACGACGACGAGGUGGAGGAGGACAGGGUUGCGUGGGGGGGGGAAUUUGGGGAGGGCAAACACCUCGCCCUCAAAACAAAAAACCCGUGUCGCCUCAUGGGCACGACAAAUGAAGGGCGGUGGCCCACGAAACGAACAGCUCUCCUCUUGUAGCUUCACCUGUUAGGCUGUGUGCUCUGGGCAGCCACACGUAGUAGCCGGUUUAAAUUCUUUGUGACCAGGAGCUGGCCGGGAGGUGCGGGGGUCAGAGCGCCCAGCUGGAACCGCCGAGAUCCUAGUUCCAAAUCCAGGAAGCUGCUCGUGGUUAAACUGGGUUCUCGCCGGUCAGUGAGAGGGAGGUUGGAGGCACGCAGGACCAGUUUCUGGCAUCACUCGCCACCGAUGUGAGCCGUGACCGGGAACGUGGGUUCACAGUGCGUUGUGCGCUAACCACUCCACCGCCACCGCCACAACCCUUAAAUUAUAACAGUGCCAUUUGUUUACCCAGGAAAAUCCUCCCACUGUGUCUGAAGAUUUUCAGGAGUCGGUUCUGCUAUAGUUGGGAUGUUUGGCAAAUUCCGUGAAUGACAGUUUGGGUUUGUGUUCCAACCACGCAGAGAGGAGGAUAACAAUGAGUGCCACAUCGAGGCCCACAGACUCACAUAGAGACCCAUAGACUUAACAUACAGACUCGCAUAGACUGAGCCGCUUGUAGCGAGUUUAUAUGGUCUCGGCCCAGUCACCAAAAACUCAGAAUCAACAUAUUCAUCCUGGAGGAAUCCAAUGAGCUAUAGAGCUCUUUCUCACAGAUGUCCAGUAGGGGCAGGUCAAAAACGGUCCAACAACAAUCAGAACGUUACAACUGCACACGAAAGAAACACAUUUGGCUCGUGUUACUUAAUUUGGCUACACUCCAGCUUUGAGUAUAAAUAGUUCAGUUACCCUGUCAUAGGAAGAAGGUUACUCAGUGGCAGGGCGGGUGGGAAAGUGCUGACCCCUACUGAGCGGAUCGGAGAUCACUGAUAGAUAUAGACGUAGCUCUGUGGUUUCCGCUUCCACGGGCCGUUCGGUAAUCACGACGGGGGUUACACUUGCUCUGCGAGAGUUCCUCAUGGAUUCUUCGUCUUCUCAUGGCGCGACGCCGAUGAGCACGAUCAUGACGACGUUGAGGACAGCCCCGGUGUGUAGCUACAAGAUAAGAGCUGUUUUUCACCUUGGAACGCUCCCUCUCUUAACUCCAGCCGUUCGCGAAUGACCAACUCUAAAGUAGUAAAUAAAUGACGUCGCAUCGCGAUUGUACGACAGUUGUGGCACAUGUUGAAGUGUGCUUAGUGGGACCACAGGGUGGUGUGUGUGUGAACGUCUGUGUGUAUCAGGGAAAAGCUAAAUACUGCAAUACGAUGCGGAUGUGUAUGUAGCGGUGUCUACAUGCGACUGCAGCCUGUACGGAAUCGGUGGGCGUAUUUAUUUUGUGUAGAGAGAUAGAAAGUCGGUAAGUCAUUGGUAGAGGAAAGAAGAGAGGUCUCUCUUGUGAAUUUGUCUCUCUAUGUGAGUCGGUUUCUGCGAGUCUAUGGGGUAAGUCGAUGGGUCCCUACGCAAUACAAUUACUGAUUUAAAGCUUUCGUGACUGCAGGGAAUCAUAUUCUUGGUUCUUUCGGUAAAGUCACGUAGAAGGGAAACAAUAAAAUAA